AUGGACGGCCUCCUAAUCGAUUCGGAGGACCUCUACACUGAAGUGACCAACAUAAUACUGAAGCGGUACAACCGCCCCUCUAUCCCCUGGUCCAUAAAAGCGCAACUCCAAGGCCGACCCGGCCCGCAAGCCGGACUCAUCUUCCACAACUGGGCCCAACUGCCCAUCUCUCACGAGCAAUUCAUGAACGAGCAAUCAGAGUUACAGAAGGACCUUUUCAAGCGCACAAAGCCGCUACCAGGCGUCAUGGAGCUGCUGCCAGGACUGAAAUCCAGAGGCGUACACCUGGCGCUGGCGACAAGUAGUCACAAGGGAAAUUUCGAGCUCAAGAGCGCGCAUCUAGGGGAUUUGUUUGGUCAUUUUGAAAAGGAACAUCAGGUUCUUGGUGACGAUCCGAGGAUACCCACUGGAAGAGGGAAACCGGCGCCAGAUAUUUACUUGCUGGCGCUGUCUACGCUGAACAAGACUUUGGAAGCACAGGGCCAGCCGCCUAUACAGCCGGAGGAAUGUCUUGUUUUCGAGGAUAGUGUACCCGGUGUAGAGUCUGGAAGGAGAGCGGGCAUGCAGGUGGUGUGGUGUCCGCAUCCUGAGUUACUGGUCGAGUACAAAGGUAGAGAGAAGGAGGUUUUGGCGGGCCUGACGGGCGAGCACAAGGAAGAUGAGGAGGCGCAGUUGCAGAAGACAGAAGUUGAGGUUUUUCAAGGAAAGAGGAGAGUUGGUAUGCCAGGAUAG